AUGCCCUCGCUCCUCUCCCUGCCCGUAGAGACAAUCGACCUCAUAGCGUUCUACGUCGCCUGUCCGACUCGAGACGGCCUUCCCAGCUCCCUUUUACCCUUCAUUCUCACCUGCCGCGCCAUUGGCAACUACCUCCAUGAAUCCCAUGCCGUUUAUCGCCAAAUAUUCAUCUACAAGUACAGUUACGGUGCUGUCAGUCGCCGUGCAUUCGAACUAACGUCGCGGGACUUGAAGCACCAGCUGUGCUGUUAUCGCAAGACGCUUCGGUUCAUUCUUGAGCGACGGGGACUGGAUGGGGAGCACGAGCUGAGGAGCACGUAUGACGUCGAUGUUUCCGACGUUCUCUGGAUCGUGUAUUUUAUGUGCCUCGACGACGAUGGCUACAAUCUGCGGCAGCUAACCGCGGUAGGCGCGUACGAGUGGAUCCACGACUUCGUGACCCUGCGCCUAUAUGACGGAGCAAGCGAUAACGGCGGCUGGCCGCUCGACAACUAUGUGAAUGCAUUGGCAUUAUGGAUCUUCUGGAGACUUUCCACAAAAUUGUCGUUGCUUUCCGAAACAGACGAGAUGUCCGAACAUAUCAUUCAAUUGAUUCUACCUUUCGUUACGGUACCUUUUCGGUACGCCUCUGCCUUUGCACCGCCGAACCACUUUGUCCUACCCCUCCACUCCAAAGCCUAUAACUUUUCCAGCACAUCAUCUCGAGUCCCUUCUCGCACACGGGCUCAUUUCCUCUCUGUGACUACACCCCACGGCCCUUAUCCAGUGUACCUUUCUCCUUCUCGUGUCUGGUCACAGGUUCAUUUCUCACGGCGUAUCAGUUUAACGUGUCCCCUUGUCACUACCGCUGCUAAACUCCUCUUCUUCUCACGCAGGGAGCUGUAUCCAUUUGGCAUGAACUAUAGCCUUCCUAGGAACAGGUCUGAGGCUAUAGCCAGAGGCCUAGGCGGACAGAUUACCCCGACGCAGGAGGACAUCGAAGAGAUGAAUCUGCACCGUCUCGGUGGCCCCGACGGUAAGUAUGGGGGCACGAAGCUUCCGACGGUCGCUCCAGAUUCCUCGGACGAGGUGCCAGACAUAAGCAAGGCCUACGAUUCGGAGUGGUACAGACUUCGGCUCUGCACGGAUGCGUGGGCUGAUGAUCUUGGUGACGAUGAUGAGACCUGGCGGCGAGCCAAGUUGGACAAACGGAUGAGAGUCAAGACUGCGGCCCAUGAGGUACGCGAGCUCAGAUUUCGUCAAGCCGAGAUGUACGUCUUGGGAUCCCUCACCGGUUUGUGGGCCGGUCGUAUGGCUGUAGGUUAUUUCCCCAAUUGCCUUAGAUCAUUCUCAUCGAGUUCCCCGCUCCAGAUACCUGGCGAACAUCAACUAUUGCAGCUCUUGAUCGCGAACCAAAAUAUCGCCCAACAACCUCAAAACGACAACCCGGUACCGUUGCCCCAGGGGUUUAGCGAGGAUUACCUCGGGCUCAUAAGCGCGCCUGUAUAUAUGCGCCUACGAGAGCACGUAUCUUAUGCGGGCGGAGAUAUCAUUCCUAUUAAUGCAGAGGGACUUGUACCCUUGUGUUACGAGGACGCCGAGGAGGAAGAGGAUAACAUGGACGAGGACGACGCGGAGAGCCUUUAUGAUGUGGAAAUGGCUAGUGAGAGCGAGCUGGAGGACGACGAUAUACCCGUGGACGAGGAGCAAGACCGACCCGAGAUCGACGGGCAAUAUCUCCUUGACGAAUUUGAUCAAGGCAUGCGUAACGCUUAUUUCCCCGAAAGUGUCGCUUUCCAAGACACUGCUGACGGGAAUGGUAUACGGGUGACGGCUCGGGAGCAGGAAUACGUGUACGAAAAUUGGAAUGGAAGCGAGUCGAAGACGAAGACAAAAGGGAGGUUUCAUGACCGAGAGACAUGCAUGGGUUGUGCGAUGCGGGAGAAGCAGGCGAGGAAACGGCGGGAAGCGGGUGCUGAUGCGGCAGUAAACGAUGAGGAUGCGCCUCUGGAUAAUGUUCCUUUUCCGCCGUGCACCGGUGUACAGGAUGUGAUCAUUACGGGAAAGACUGACGAUAGGCAUGGUCAAGCGUGGAAUCAUUACACGUAUUAUGGCCGGGUCAGGCGUUGGGAUGGGAUGAUUGGCAUUCUUAGGGUCGCGCGCGACCGCCGUUUGGGGAACUUGUUCUUCUAUGGAUACAUUGUCGAUGGGAAGAAUUUUGUUGGGAAUUGGAGGAUAACGCAUGAAGACCCCGGUAUGCCAGCCUGGGAGGGUCCAUUCACGCUCUCGAAGGUGAUGGAGAAUAACGCUUGA